UUUCUUUUUGAGACCACUGGGCAGGUCUUAUUUGCAUGCUUUGUGAAAGUUUUUGACAGAGUUUUGUAGCUACUUAAAGAAGAAAGGGUAUAGCUAGCUAUAAAAUGAAACAGUUGUCAGGACUGUGGUAAAUGCCAGAAAAUACACUGUGAGUCAGGACACUCUAGAUGCUGGUGGCAAAAUGCAGCCUAGGCACAGGGCCAUGCCAUGUCUCCCAGUGGCAAUGACUGUGUAUGAUCUCCUGGGCUGGGGUUUGUGAGGCCCUCUAUGUUGUUCUGACUGUACUUGUGCCCUGACUCUCAUUCGUAAUCAAAUUUACAGCAAACUGGGUUGUAAGUGCAAGUCAGAGAGUAAGUGAUGGAAACCACAUGGGAAAAUAGAAGGCACCUCAGCUCUGAAGCUGAGCACUGGUGUCAGCCUGUGCUGGCAGGGAGUCAUGUCAUUACAUAAUGAUGCAUUUAUCCAAACGGUGUUCUGUAUUUUGGGAGACAGAUGUGCCUUGCAGUUGCUAGUGGAAGUUAAAUGUUAAAUAUGAAACCCAUUCAUUUUCUCUUAGUCAUACUUUGGAUUUCAGCAGAUGUUUUCCUAAUUUGUGGUUUUCAAAUGUAGCAUGCUGACAAGACAUUUAUCAUUAACUACAGCUUCAUCCAUGCAGUUUAGCAAAUUGGCCAAUUAUUAACAGUGAGGGUUGCGUGGUGGUUGAUGCAUAGUUCCUGCUACUUUGAAAGGCCUCAAUUGAAACUCAAUACAUUUUUACAAUAUAAAUUAAUUGAGCUUUGGACCACAUCCCUGUUGUGUGAGUGCUCUGUGCUCUCACUGUCAGAAUGAACAGCCAUUUGUAAUGCACUGAGUAGCUGUGCUGUCUGUGAGCAGGGGUGGUGGAAAGUGAAGGAUAACAUUUUUCCAGUAGGAGCAUGAAAAUGGUGUUUUGGUGGUGGUGCUGUGAACUGGUGAGGUGUCUCAAAGGUGUUUCCCAAAGCAAGGAACCACUGUAUGCCUGAAAAUUCAUCUCUUAUUUUCCCAGCUCUGGAAUUCAAGCAGGCAAUUCAGUCAUUUAUUCAUCCCAUGUAUGAGACUUAAAGGACAACACUCAGUAUACCUCUUAUUUCUAGGAAGUGUAAAGACCUUAAUUUUCACCAGCUGGUACUGCAGAAAUUUUGUCUUACAUUCCAGCUGAACCAGGAAAACUCUUCAGGACAGCCUGUAGUCGCUUCUCAUUUCAGUUUUUUUCCUCCUUUAUAGUUGCAUUUGCUCAACAGGGAAACUACAGGCUUUGCUACAGAACAGGGUGCUGUGCAGAUUAAUAACACAAGAACUGUAGACAAUUAAAAUAAAUGCAUGUGGAAUAUUUCAUCUUGCUUCAUCUUUAUGCAGCCAGAUGUGCUAGGUGGGAAAUACCUGUGGAGCUUGCUUUAAAAUCCCAUUGGAUGUCUUUUUCUUCAUAUCCUCCUGCUUUGUGGGAAAAGGGAAUAAUGGUGAUAUCACAAAAUCAGUCAGGAUCAGCCAUGUCUCAGCAAGGGAGGCUGGAGCUUUGCAUGAAGUGCAGAGAGGGAGAAAAGUUGCUGAUUCAGGGAUGGUGUGGGAGGCCUCCAUUCCUGGUCUUCAUUAGAAACUUAAGUCCUAUGUGUACUUAAAAUGAGUUGAAACUUUGAUCCAGAGACUGAUAAGGGAUGAAAUAAGGGUUUUAAAGCAAGAUCUUUGGCAUAGUUGUCUACCAAUUAACUUUUUGAUUGAAAGAGAUGUGGCAGCAGAUGUGGAAGGGAAGAUGGUGUGCUGUGGAUACAUUUUGAAUCACUCCUUUGCUUUCCCUGACUUUGGAUACACUAAAACUCUGGAAGCAGCUCUGUAUCCAUGCUAGGCUUUAAGAGGAGGUGAGCAUAGGUAGACGUGGGGUGAAUUUGGCUAACCCAGAUGCUGAUCCUUUGCAGUGCUGCCAAGCUCCUGGAGAAGAGUCCGUUCUCUGUCGGCGCCCCGAGCCCCCUGCUCCCCUCGUCAGCGAGCCUGCAGCUGGCGCAGCUCCAGGCACAGCUCACGCUCCACAGGCUGAAGUUGGCUCAGACUGCCGUCACCAACAACCCAGCCGCUGCCACUGUCCUCAACCAGGUGCUCUCCAAAGUGGCCAUGUCCCAGCCACUCUUCAACCAGCUGAGGCACCCCACGGUGAUGAACGCCCCUCAGGGUCACACCACAGGCCCACCCCAGGGGCCUGGCAUCUCCGGCACGAGGUUCCCCUCUGGCAGCAUUGCCUUUCCUGCCCAGAGCCCAGCCUUAGCCACCCCUGGGGGAGGUCUGGGAGCCGUCCAGGCCCCCAACGCAAUUGUCAUGAAUCCCUUUGGAAGUGUCAUGGCUCCGACCUCCGGCCAGCAACCCGUGAUGGUGGGUCUCAACAAGGCAGGUGCUUCCACGUCUACCGCUGCAGGGGGCUUUUAUGAGUACAACAAGCAAAAUGUCGUCACUGCCGCUUCUCAGGCGUUCACCUCGGAGGGGGAACAGUCCAGCCAGCACGGCUUCCUUGCUGGUGGCGCCCACACUGCCACCUCAGCAGCAGGGCCGCGCUACGAGGGUCACUUUGGGGCUCCUGGCCAGCUGCAGCACGAGGCAGCAGCGACAUUUCCCAAGGAGCCCUAUGGGGCGGCAGCACAGCAUGGGGCAGCACGGGCCUUCCCCAGCGGCCCACACACGGGCUCCCAUCUGAAAGGAGAUCCCGGCCCUGUCUUACAUGGCAGCAGUACAAGCAACCAGUGGGAAAAUAUCCCUAAUUUCCCCAGCCAAAACAAGCCUGACCUCAUGCCCGGCGACAGCCUGUGGCCGUCAGCGAGUCAGCAGCAGUAUGAAAUAAGAAACGAGCUGUACAACCCCGAAGAGCCGACACCUGACACAAAGUUCAGCACGGCCGCCCCCCCCGCCUUCGGCCGCCUCAACCACAGUGCGCAGAGCUUCGGCAGCCCUCGCAUGAGGCAGAAGGAGGAGCGCAGUGGUGGCACACCCGAUCUGCCCACCCGCUCUCUGCCGCCACACCAGCUUGGCGACCUCCGUGGCGUGGCCCCUCUCCACUUCCCCCACAUCUGUGCCCUGUGCGACAAGAAGAUCUUCGAUCUGAAGGACUGGGAUCAGCACAUUAAGGGAAGCCUUCACAUCCAAAAAUGUAUGGCUUUUUCAGAUAACACUGGUAUCCGGUGUAUGUUAAGCUCAGCAGAUGGAACAUUGCAUUUAUCACCAAAUAAUGCAGCAGUUUUCAAUCCAUCUAGUAUUGAAGAUUAUCCACCAAAUGUUGGUGCAUCUUUUAUCGCUACACCAGCAAGAUCCUUUGGCCAGCCAGGUCCUACAUUUUCUUCUCCUUCAUCAGGGUUUCCCCAGAGGAAAUCUACACAGGGUCGAGUUGUUCACAUUUGCAACCUCCCCGAGGGAAGCUGCACAGAGAAUGAUGUCAUCAACCUGGGCCUCCCAUUUGGGAAGGUCACCAACUAUAUCCUCAUGAAAUCUACUAACCAGGCCUUUCUGGAAAUGGCUUACAGUGAAGCAGCCCAAGCCAUGGUACAGUACUACAAAGAAAAACCUGCUAUGAUAAAUGAUGACAAGUUGCUUAUUAGGAUGUCUAAAAGAUACAAGGAGUUGCAGCUGAAGAGACCAGGUAAGAAUGUGGCUGCUAUAAUCCAGGACAUCCACUCGCAGAGGGAGAGGGACCUCCUACGUGAAGUGGACAGCAGGUAUGGCACUGAGAGGCCCCGCUCCCGCAGCCCCAUAAGCCGCUCACUGUCACCUCGAUCCCACACGCCCAGCUUCACUUCCUGCAGCUCACCACACAGCCCGCUGGGGACCGGCAGGACCGACUGGGGAAAUGGCAGAGAGGCAUGGGAUCAGUCCCCCUAUUCUCGACGGGAAGAGGAAAGAGAUAGCAGAGAAUGGCGAGAAAAUGGGGAUGAGAAGAGAGACAGGACUGAUACGUGGGUACACGAGAGGAAACAUUAUUCCCGGCAACUGGAUAAGUUUGAUUUGGAUGAACAGCUUGAAGGAGGCAGAGGACACCGAGAAAAAUACUUAAGGACUGGUUCCCCUGGGUCCCUUCACCCUUUAUCUGGCUACAAGAACAGGGAAGAUGACUAUUACCGAAAAUCCUCUAAGUCAAAAUCUGAGAAGUUUCAGAGGCAGCUGCAGGAUUUGUCUGGGAGAUCUAAGAGAAAGGAAGAGGCAAAGUUAAGGGAACACAGGCAUUCUUAUAGCAAGGACACUGCCAGGGAGGAGGCAGCUGAACAGAAGCACAGCAAAGCAUCUGAGGGCUCCAGACAAAAACAAAGCGAUAAGAAUAAGGUGAAGAAAACUGAAAAAGACCAAGAAGAUGCUACUGUUGAAGGCAGUGAUGUGAAGGAAACCAAACCUACUGAGAAUGAGCUUGAAAAAGAGGAGCAAGUUCCAGUGAAGAGCCCACCUUCAGAUAAUACACAAGAAAAAGAAUCUGGAGAGAUUCUGGAAAACACAAGGAAAGAGAAGGACCGAGACUGGGAGAGUGGAAGUGAAAUAGAAGGUGAGACCUGGUAUCUUGCUAACAUGGAGGAAUUAGUGACAGUAGAUGAAGUGGGAGAAGAUGAUUUAAUUAUGGAGCCUGAUAUAACUGAGCUUGAAGAAAUAGUUUCAGUUGAUCAAAGAAAUAAAGCUGCUUCAGAAAUGUGUCCCUGUAUGUCAACCGUGUUAGAACUGAAAAACGAUCACAGCCACUUAACCAGGAGUGAAGACAAAUUUGCCCAUAAAGCUUUGGAAACAAACUUCAGAACAGCAAAGGGCAGUGCAGCUUCUAGUGGCUGUCAGGAAGAUGAUGAGGAUGAUGAUAAUGAUGAUGCUGUAACUGAAGCAUCAAGCCUAAAUCUGGACCCUGAACAGAAGCCAGAGGAAUUGAAAGAAGACCAAUCUGCUAAGGAGUCUGAUUGCCAGCAGAAGGAAGGAAAAAUUGAUAAGAGCUCUGACACUCAUUUAGAGCCUGAAGAUCACCAUAUACCUUCUGUUCAUCUGAAAGAAGAGACUCUUCAGCUCCCUGAUACAUUUAUAGAUGAUUACAAACAGACGGGAUCACAAGGGGCUGAGAGCAGAGAAGUUACGGAAACACUCAUUAAAAACGCUAGUGAAGAAACAAGACAUGGAAGCCAAGAGUGUCCAGAGGCCAAGGCAAAUUCUAGGUUCUUGGAAAUGAGAUCUCUGGAAUACCCGGAGGUAGACUCCAAACAAAGGCCCUCUGCACCAGGCUGGGAACAAGAGGACGUCUUCGAGCUCAGCAUUCCCCUGGGUGUGGAAUUUGUGGUGCCUAGAACUGGGUUUUACUGCAAGCUCUGUGGACUCUUCUAUACAAGUGAAGAGACAGCAAAGACAAGUCACUGCAGGAGUACUGUUCACUACAAAAAUCUCCAGAAGUAUCUAUCCCAGCUUGCAGAAGAGAGCUUGAAAAUGAAGGAAGAAGGCAGCCCUCUGCCUCAGGAUGACACUGGCAUUGUUCCUCACUUUGCAAAGAAAAAGCUAUGAUGCAGAUGAACUGGAAGAGCUGUAAUGAGUCAAUGCUGAUACUUUUUUUUCUUUUUUUUUUCUUUUUUUUUUAAAUUUCUAUGAUAUAAUUGUCAAUUUGCACUGUACAGAGAAGGGGAAAUAAAGAGCACGUUCCAUGCAUCUAUGCCCAGAGUGCCAUUAAAAACCAAAAUGCCUGAAACUGUUUCCCACGGUGAAGCAAUGCUGGCAUAUCUGUUAGAAGUGGAGCAAUUCUUUCUCACACUCUGCGUGCUGGGAGUGGUUUCCUAGAUUAAAUCAGAAUUCUCAGGGAUUCUUAAAGUUUUAGUUCUGAUGUAACAUGUCAGGUCAGGUGGAGUACUUAGAAGCACUCAGCAUCCUCCAGUGGACGCUGGAAGGAAAGGAGAUUGUGACUAUUUAUAGGCUUUAAUGUUGCUUAAAAUAUCUUCAGCCAUUUCAGUCAUUGCCCCUGUGAGAAGUAGAAUUUGCAUAUGUAUCUAAAGCCAUUUUGCUAAAACUAGUGAGUAGAUGGCAUAAAGUAAACCCCAUCAGCACCCAUGUCCAUGUCUUAGAGCUUGGUGAAAUGACAAAAUGUUUGUGUUGUCAAGAACUGACUGUACACCGCCGGUGUUGUGUGAAUUCCAGGGGAGCCACAGUCUGUCCCAGGGAUCUCACAGCCUGAACCCGGCACAGCAAGAGCAGUUCAGAUGCAUGUGCUGACAGCCAGCCUGCUCUGGUUUCAGCAUUUUCCAUGGUGUGAUCAGGGUGUUCUCCAGGGACCGUUGUGUUUGAAACUCUUCUUUUUGAUAAUUCUAAAGGGUGCCAACUUUGAGUCUUACAGACUUGAAACUCUCAUGAGAGGCUUUUUAAAGUGCCACAUGUUCGGACCAUGUCUCUUUUAGACAUUUUAUUCAAGAUCCUUGCUUUUGGGGUCUUUUUGUUUUCUUUAAAGCUUGCUUUUCCUCAGCUUGGCAACGUUGAAUUUUUCCUGGUUUUUAUGGAAAGAUGCCAGAUUUUUAAUAUUGUUUUUGUAUUUUAUUUCCCUGAAUUUUUUAAGGUGAAUACAACAACUGAUGGCUCAUGGAGCGCUGCACUGAGAACACAGGAUGCACCAGCAGCUCUGGCAUUAUUAUGACCUAUUGUUUCUGCACAGUCGUUGCUUAGUAUUUUGCAAAGUCCCUUUGAAAUGCACUGUACACGUUUCUGGUUCAUUUCAAUAGGGCUUUGUGUACUAAUGCCUUAAGUUUUAGCUUUCAUAUUUUUCAGAUUCUGUGCUGCCUAGGUUUGUAGGUCUGAGCUUCAUAUUAAGUGUCAGUAAACUCUCUUCACAGAGUAGGUAGACAAAACAAUUCCUUUUCCAGCUUGAUGCCAAGGACAGCAGUUACAAGUUUAAGGCCUAAAAGCACAAAUAAUGGUGGACUGAAGACAGAAAACAACAACGAUGGGACUUCAUAAUCUGAAGAUGUAAUUGGAAAAUUAACCCAAAUAUGUAGAUGGACCAAAACUUAUAAAAAUGUGAGACCUUGUGACCAGUCGUCCAUUUUGUGACCAUUUUUAGGUCCAUCUUGGCUGUAGCACUGGCCAGCCUCUUGUACUGCCCAAGGUGUAUUCCUUUAAGGCCUUUCAAGAAAACCUACUUUAUUCUUAACUCUGUCUGGCCUCUAUUCUAGGUCAGCCUUCUGAAGGCAUCAGCUCUAAAGUGAAUAUGCAUACAAACCAUUGCCAGGAUUGAUCCCAGAGUUUAUAAAAUGCCUGUGCAAUCUGGAUAGGUGGGGAUUUGCAGGCAUUUCCAUUCUUUGCCUGACUCUAAUAUCCAUCACAGUACAUUCUGUAAAAAUUGCUGGUGCUGGAUGUUCUAUUCAGAUGUUGUGCAGAGGAAACAGUUUCCCAGAAGGUUCUAGCUAUCCCUAAGAAUGACAGAGAUGUUGCACAAUAUUGCAAAGUGGCUAAAUUGCCAAAACUGCUUCCACCAAAGUAUUUGUUCUGUUAUGUCUUGUGCCAAUAGCUGUGCUCAUUCUCUGAAGUACCCUGUAGCCAGGCAGUAUGUCUCAGAGAUGCCUGAUGUUGUUGCCUGAAGCCCUGUUCCAUUCCAUGGCCUGUGCUUUCCACUCAUUUUUACCAGAGGUAGGUUCAGAUUUCAUAGUUGGAAUUCCUGCUUCUUGCAAAUUGAGGGAUUCUUUGCAUCCCAGAUUCAGAGCCUACCAAA